AUGGCUCGGGAUAUGUCAGAUAAGGAAAUCCUGAAAAUGGAGCUUGAACAGUUGAAGAAGGAAGUUAGCACAGCUAGGACACCAGUGGGUGCAAACUGUGCAGAAACAAUUGCUUUUGUUGAGGAGAUGUUACCAAAUGACCCGCUGAUUAAGGGCGUUCCAGAUGACAAGAACCCCUACAAGGGAGAAAAGGGAGGCUGUAUAAUAACAUAG